AUGCUUAGUAUAGAUCGAUUUUUAGGUAUAUUUCAAUUGUUAAUAAUCUUUAGUAUUUUUUUGAAUUUUAUUAAUACAAAACAAAACAAAAAUACAUGUUGGUCUUCAUCAACAAUCUAUCAUAUCUCAUCUCUUGAUAAUAAUAAUACCAAUUGGGAAAUAAAUUGUACUGAAAUCGAACUUGUAGAAGAGUGUCAUUUAUCGUUUGUGGAAAAAAUUACAAAUAAAACAUGUUCUCAAUCAACAAUUUUAUCUGAUAAACAACCAUCAUUUACACAAAAAUAUGGUUAUGGAUUUUUAGCUGUUUUUAUUAUAAGUAUUCUUUCAUUAGCUGGUUUUCUUGCAUUUCCAUUAAUGAAAAAACCUUAUUAUAAAUAUUUAAAUGCAUUUUUUACUGCACUUGCUGUUGGAACACUUUUUGCUGAUACGACAUUUGAAUUAUUACCUGUUAUUAUUCAAAGUGGUGAGACAUCAACACAUGUUCAUGAACAUGGUCAAACUAUAUCAAACCAACAUUCAGAUAGAAAAAUUCAUAUACCACUUUUUCUUUGGCAAAUGGCAACUCUUGUUAUUACUGCUUAUAUAUUCUAUGUUAUUGAACUUUUUAUACAUGUUUUUAUGCAUCAUCGACAUCAUCGUGUAGAAGUAAUAUCUAAUUCAAAUCCACAAGCAUUACCAAUGUCUGAAAUAAAUGUAUCACAACCACAUCGUAAUGACUCGCUUAUUUCUACUAAUACUGUGCCUAAUUUAACAAUAACAGCUGAUGAACGACAAACAAAAAGUACGGGUUGGAUGAUAAUUAUUGGUGAUGGUAUUCAUAAUGUUGCUGAUGGUCUUGCAAUUGGUGCAGCUUUUGCUGAAAAUACAAUGUUUGGUUUAACAACAUCUAUUGCUAUUGCAUGUCAUGAAUUACCAACUGAACUUGGUGAAUAUAUGGUUUUAAUAGAAUCGGGUUUUACUAUUCGUCAAGCACUUCUCUUCAAUUUUAUUUCAGCUUGUACAGCUAUUAUUGGUUUUUUCAUUGGAGCAAGUAUUGCUCAAAAUGAAGCUGCUCGUACAUGGAUUUUUGCUGUUACUGCAGGAACAUUUGCUUACAUAGCUUUAGUUGAUCUAAGAACUUCAUCUAUAGAUACAGAUGAUACCAAAAGGAAAUUAGACAACACUAUAAAUUCGGACAAAUUACAAUCGUCAUUUGUUCGACAUAUUAUUGAUACUAUAGGAUUCAAAUCUGGUGAUUCACAUCAUAAGUCUGGUCCAACGAAUGCUGAAAAAUAUGGAUAUGGAUUUUUGAGUGUAUUUAUAAUCAGUACAUUUUCAUUAGGUGGUGCACUUAUUUUUCCAUUAACAAAAAAACCUUACUAUAAAUAUUUAAAUGCAUUUUUUACUGCACUUGCUGUUGGAGCAUUAUAUGCUGAUAGUGCUUUUGAACUUUUUCCUAGCAUCAUUCAAUUUGAUGGCCAUUCAAGCAAAUCAUCAUCAAAUGAAACGCAAACAAAUGAAACAGAACCGGCUAAUGAUGAUGAUGAACCAACCGUGCCAUACUUUCUUUGGCAAAUGCUUCUUAUUGUACUUACUUCAUAUGUCUUCUAUGUUCUUGAACUUAUGAUAGUUGUUGUUAUUAAUUAUCGAAAUCGACAAUCGAAAGAUGAUUAUAGUUUGGAUCAUGAAAAUCUACCGGUUGAAGCAGUAAGUACAUUACCAAUUCUAACAAGGGACCGUGGGACUACAAUUGUUUCAGCUACUUUUCCUAAUUAUUCUUUAACACCUGAUGACAAACAGACACCAGCUAUUGGAUGGAUGAUAAUUAUUGGUGAUGGUAUUCAUAAUGUUGCCGAUGGCCUUGCAAUCGGUGCAGCUUUUUCUGAAAAUAUAUUGUUCGGUAUAACAACAGCUAUUGCUAUUGCAUGUCAUGAAUUACCAACUGAACUUGGUGAAAUGAUGAUUUUAAUUGAAUCGGGUUUUACUAUUCGUCGAGCACUUCUUUUCAAUUUGUUCUCAGCAUGUACAGCUUUUAUUGGCUUUUUUAUCGGUGCUAGUCUUUCAGCAGAUGAAGCUUCCCGUACAUGGAUUUUUUCUAUUACUGCUGGUAUAUUUAUUUAUAUCGCUUUGGUUGAUUUAUGGCCAUCGUUAAUGCCCGAAUCAGAUGUAUUUGACUGGAUACGUUUUGCCUGUGUCACUGUCGGUUAUCUGUCAGGUGUUUUUGUUAUGUUCGGUUUAGCCAUAUUAACAGAGCAAGUCAUACAAGAUCCUCAAAAUGGCUGA